AUGCCAACCCCAACGCAAGGCGUCCAGCACAAACAUCGCGAUUACUACUCUGAGAACUCGCCCAUCCCUUCCAUUCAGCGCUUUUUCAAAAAGGGUCUCUCGGAAGUCAUUGCAAAGCGCAACCUAGCCGACUCGGACACAGAUUCAGGAGCUGAGGAAGCCGAGAAUGUAGCAGCAGGUGGCGCUGGUGGUGCCGAGCCGUCUGAGCUCUUCAACACCUCUAACACUGCCGCAGCAGAGACCGCGCAAGAUCAGCAAAAGCCGCAUAAGAAGCGUCGCUCGGGCCUGUUUUCCAGUUCAAAGUCGUCUCAGGAUAGCCAGCGAGAGGAGAAGCGUUCACAGGACGCACAAGGCGACUCGGGCGACGAAAGCGGAAGCAACGCCCACCAGAGCGCAGAUCAAGCAGACAAAGCCUACAAGCGAAGCCGCACCCCUCGCAAGGUGCGCGACCCGGUCACCGGCCGUGAUACCUGGAUCCACGAUACUGGCAAGCGCGAGUAUCGCCAUACCCUGGCUCGAGCAGAAGCCGGAGACAAACUUGGCAGAGAGCAGGUGCUGCAAUCCAACCUGCGCUCCAAUCUCACCUCAAAGUCCUUCCCACCUGCAGCUCCACUGCCCACGUCCGUCCUUCGAAUCGAUCGGCGCCUGCUGCCGUUUUUUUCCAUUUGGUCUCUCAUCACCGCCUUCCGGAUCGUACCGGCGUGGCUCAGUGUCGCUCUCAAUGCCUGGCUAUUGUGGUGGGGCUGGCGCACCUUUCUGUCGCGGGUUGAGGACGAUAGAUGGCAUCGGGAACGACGACGAGGUGAACAAGCUAGGUCGUUUGACGAAGUUGAACAAGACGAAAUCGAGCAAGGAUUGCCGCAAGGAAUUGCAGAGGGCGCGGAAUGGCUCAAUGGGAUUGUGGAGGCACUGUGGUCGGUCAUGAACCCAGAACUCUUUUCGUCGCUAGGUGGCACGCUGGAAGACGUCAUGCAGGCCUCCAUACCAAGUUUCAUCCAUAGUGUCAAGGUUGAAGACCUCGCACAGGGAUCGACUCCGCUUCGCAUUACAGGCCUUCGAAUCCUUCCGGAUGGCCAGGUGAAUGGUAUGGUCGAAGACGCGCGCAAGAAGAGGGCUCAACGACUCUCAAAUGAAAAGCAGGCUGGAGACCAGGACGAGUCCGAUAUCGAGCAGCAAAAAGAACAAGACGACGUGGAUCAAAGCGAACACUAUGUCAAUCUCGAACUUGGCUUUGUCUAUCGAGCUCGACCCACAUCCAACGGCGUCGGAGGUGGCAAGCAUCGCAAUGCACACCUGCUCAUCAAGUUCUGGCUCGGAGCACGAAAGCUGCUUAUGCUCCCCCUACCCGUCUGGGUCGAGAUCAAAGGCUUUGUCGGCAAGGUACGCGCACGCGUACAGCUUACCUCGGAUCCGCCCUUUGUCAAAGACGUCACAUUUACCUUUUGCGGCUUGCCUCGCGUGGGCAUCGAGGUUGUCCCACUGCACAUCAACACUUCGCACAUCCCUUUCCUUUCGAGUUUUAUCGAAAGCUCAAUCGAUGCGGCUGUGGGCGAGUUCGUCAUGCCCUCCUCGCUGACGAUGGACGUAGGCGAGAUGCUGAUGGGGGACAACAUCAAGCGUGAGGUGCUGGCGCUUGGUGUGGUGGUGGUGUGCAUCCACUCGGCCACCGAUCUCGAGAAGCAGGAUAUCCGCGGGUCCUCCGAUCCGUACUGUACGCUGAGUCUGGCAAAAGUGGGCAAGAUCCUGUACAGCACCCGGGUCGUCUUGAACGAGCUUUCGCCGCGGUGGGAGGAGCGGCAUAUGAUUCUGGUUACCAGGGAGAACCUCGAUUCGGACGACAGGGUCUCGAUCGCGUUGUGGGACUCGGACCGGUUCUCGCAGGACGACAUGCUGGGAAUCGCCGAGGUGAAUCUGGUGGAUCUGGCAAGGCACCCGAAUAAGCUCUUCAAGCGGUCCGAUACGCUGAAGGGUCUGGACAGGGAGAGAUCUAAGCAGGGGAUCGUUCAUUGGAGCUUGGGUUUCUUUACCAAGGCUCCGUCUAUGCGCCGAGAGCCGAAAGCAAGUGGAGAGGACAGUCGCAAGAUAGGCAGCGCUGAGAACGAGGCAAGUGUCGAGAACCAGAACGACCGGGAACAAGAUUCGAGCGUUAACGGAGUUGACGAGCCAGAGCACGAUGGCAAGGAGAUGGACAGCAAGUCGAUCGAGCCUGACAGCCCAUUGACGCAAGACGCCAUCGACCGCGAGAAGAAUACGCAGACACGGCAUCAGGCGACGUCGGUCGAUUUCGAGCCUCCGGACCCUAGCCUUCCCUCGGGUAUACUGUCGAUACAGAUCCAUCACAUUGCCAACCUUGAAGCCACGGACGGCCAUGCUUCGCUGCGCUCGCGCAAGAAGGACGAGCCGGGUCAAGACGUCGACACGGUCGAGACGGAAGACGACCCAGAGCACGCACCGUCAGCGUACUGCCGUAUCAUCCUUAACGACGAGAUCAUCUUCCGGACGCGUACCAAAGCGCUCAACUCGAAUCCGUUCUACAAUGCGGGCACGGAGCGUUUUAUUCGCGACUGGCGACGAACGCUUAUCAUGGUGGUGGUGUACGACUUCAGGGUGCGCGAGGCAGACGCUAUCCUGGGUGUUGUGCCGAUCAAGCUGUCGGAUCUGUUCAAGGAGAGCUCGCAGGUGACGCGGUUCUUCCCGCUUGCCGGAGGGGUGGGCCACGGUCGGAUCCGGCUCUCGUUGCUCUUCCGUCCGAUCCAGCGUACCCGGCGUGACAAGAACCGGCUCGGUUGGAACAUCGGCACUGUUCGUCUGCUGUCUUCGCCCGUGGCGACUGACUUUGAUGAGACAAAGGGCGCCAGUGGACACGAUUUGCACCUGGUCGCGCUGAGAGCUUCGACGCUCGCCGGAAGCGCCAAGAUCGCAGCGAGCAGAGCACGAUAUGUGGACAGGGAGUCGAAGGCGGCGGUCGAGUGGAAGCUGAAUGACGCCGAAUUCCCGUUCAAGGUGCCUGCACGGAGGAGGUAUGCUGCGCCGUACGUGAUCGAAUUCCGCGCGCUGAGCGCGUUGGGCAAGCGCAAGACGACGCACAUGUGCAUUGUUUGGCAGCAGGACCUGACAGACGACGAGGUGGUCGACAUGAGGCUACCCAUCUGGCGUCCGCUGCCUGGGGGCGGGUUUCAUCGUCUGCGUCAGAACUAUCACGAUUUCCGCAACGAGGCGGAAGCGGAAAAGUUGGGCGUGGAGAGGAUCGGCUACUUGUGCGUCAAGAUGCAGUUCAAGUCGGGGCUGGGCAAGGUGCACACCAAGUUCGACGGCAAUCCAGGGGCCAAGACCGUCAUGGACGCGUGGCGGUGCUGCGUCGCGUUGGGGCUGAGGAGUGUCAGCGGAGACUUUGCGAAUUCGAGGAUGAAUACAGAGGGGUAUCUGGAGGAAGUAGACGAUGUGGUGCAGCCUGGAACGGACGACGACGACAACGACGCGGACUCAACCGAUUCCGAUGCGGAACCAGACGCGGGCUCGGCGGAAGCAGGAGGGGGAGAGGGAGGAGAGGGCUUGCAACGCAGCCGCUCGCUCAAGGACAAAUUUACCGACUGGAAGGCGGAGAAGAACGAGUUGCAUCGUCAGCACAAAGGCAUCAAGCAGUUCAAGCCGGUGCGUACCAUGACGUGGAUUGGGCAGAGCGCGAAGAGUGCAGGUGUAGGGUUGAAGGACAGGUUUGAUAUGCAGGAUAGGAGGGAUCAGCAUGUCGAGACUGAGCUGUGA